UUAAAUUUUGUAACACUACUCUUUCAUCUUGAUCAAUUCAAAAUUCUGUUGUGAUUUAUUCGUGCAUCAUGAAUUCGAAGCAUCUUUCGUCCACUGCUAAUUCUGUCAUCCAUCAAUGUUCUAUGAAAUUACACACCUCUGUGGAUGCAUUGUUGGAAGAAUAUAAGGGAGUAUGGAAGCCAGAGAUGGGCGAAUAUUCACGAAAAUUAGUGGAGUUUUGCUGCUCAAAGGCUGUAAGACAGGGGCCAGCUUGUGGCGAAGAUGACUAUAUUAGUGAUAGUUCCUUUAGCCGCUUCACAUUUGACAUGAUGCUAGCAUGGCAGAUGCCAAGCUCUGCUGAUGAAGAAUCUUACAGGGAAUCUUUAGGUAAAGAGAAAGAAGAGAAGAAAUCCCUUGUAGCGACUCAACCACACGAAGAUGUGUCAUUGUUCUAUUCUGACAUCAUGCCACUGCUCGUUGAUCAUGGACAAGGUGUUAAGGAAGAUGCUUUUGUAUGGUUUGCAACAAUGCUCCCUUUGCCUGGAGAUGUAAUCAAUGGCAGAUUCAUCUUUGAAACGCUUACGGCAUCUACAGCAAACAUUCUCCAUUAUCCAGCCUACGAUAGAUUUCUCACAGAAAUUGCCAAGUGA